AGCCUUUUGCGAUUUUUAUAGAAACGACCAAGGGCUUGCUUGCAAGCGUUCCCCUUGCUUCCUUCCUGUGCGACUGCUGUGGUUCUUCUUUGCUUCCUUAGGUCCAAUCCCAAUCUUAGUUCUUCUUCUUAAGACCGAUCGUGAGAUCGAGUCGACCACGCUACUCCUACUACCUGCCGACCGACCUCCACCCCCCCCCGAUUCCUCCGCAUCACGCAACGCAGCUCCUCCGCGUUGGCUGCGUCUGGUCGGCACGUUCACGUCCACUACUACCUUACAUACAUCCUCCACUUCCACCACCACCCCAACCCCAACCAACAAUGGCAUCCACCGCCAUCCCCUCCGAGGACCUCGCCUCCACGCUCAGCACGCUCAAGAUCAGCACGUCGACCGAGCCUUCGGCCAUAGUCGGGAAGCCCAAAUCCAACACCACCACCGUCGCCGACUCCUGGGAAGACGACGCCGACUCGGACGGUGAAGGCUCGGGCGCCGCAACCCCCACGGCUGCCGCGUCGUCGUCGUCGUUGGGAGCUGCUGACGCAGCCGCACCCAAGCUCAAGGCAAGCGAGGGACCGCUGGCGCCGCCGCCCACGCCCGCGUCGCCCGAGUCGGGCAUCAAGGCCGCCGAGGAUGUGUGGGAUUCGCCGUACUAUGGCGCCGUGGGCGGAGGCAACGCUGGCGCAAGACCGACGUCUCCACCUGCGCGCCGCCCCGAGAAAACGACGGCCGUGGCGGGCAGGCUCAUAGCGGGUGCGCUGGGGGUGCGGGCGCCGAAGCGGACCGAGGAGGAGCGGGAGUUUGAUCGCGCGGUUAGGGAGAAGGAGAGGAAGAGGAGGGAGAGGGAACGCGAGGAUAGGGAGAGGGAGAGGGAGAGGGAGGAGAGUGCCAAGAGGAGUGUUUGGGAGGAUUAGUUGGUUGGGUGGGAAGGUAGGGCAAGGGGAAGGAAAGGAAAGGAAAGGACAAAACAGGACAGGCCGCAGUGCAGCGAUGCGAUGCGAUGCGGCGGCGUUCAUAUGCGGUCUACACGCGUUCUAUACUAUACUUACUACAUUAAGUGUACACAUACAUACAUACAGACAUAAGCAACAUAAGCAGCUCUACUUGCCUGCAGAUAAGGUUAUUAGCUAGCUAGUUCGCUGGGAUAAUCAAUGGCUAGGUUGCACGCG